ACCUUCCAUAAGUACCGAUACCGCGCGGCCUGAACAUAUAUAUUUCUGGUCUCCUUAGCUAAUUGCCACAGUUACUUCUUGCCAAACCUUGCUUGCUAGCUACAAUGGUGAUCAAAGCGAGGAUUCCUUUGUUGUUCAUCUCCUCUGUUUUGCUUGGCUUUGUGUCUCUCACUAUCGGCGAUGACCGGUACGAUUACGACCAGUGUGCCCGGCGCUGUGCGGACAAACCAGCUCAUGAGCGUCAAGUAUGUGUGGCCGCUUGCAGUCGUCGUCGACAUCGACCGGACGGAAGGACAGUUGAUCCUCGUCACGAGAUUGACCAAUGCCGCCGGCGUUGCGAGAGCCAAGAGAGUGGAAAACGCUGCCGGAAAAGGUGCGAGGAACUAUAUGGAGAUAGAGGAUGGGAACCAGACAUGAUUAACCCAAGUAGAGAUCCGGUAGACCAAUUUGAGCAAGAAUGCGAGAAGCGUUGUGUCGACAUGGAACUUGGCGAACAAAAGCAGCUGCAGUGUCACCAACGCUGCGUGGAGCUUACGAAGGAGCAGAAGCGAUGCCAGCGGAGUUGCCAAAGCCAGCAGGGACGUGGUGACCAUGAACAAUGCCAGAGAACAUGUAUGCAGAAACUUGAAGAGCAAGUAAGGAAGCAACAAGAACAAAUAGGCAGACGGGGCGAGAACCCACAAGGAAAAUUAGAGACUCUUCAGUCGAAAUUGCGAUCUGACGAAGGUGAAAUGUAUGUUCUUGAGGGAUUAAACAUGUGAAGAAAAAACUGUAGAUCGUACUAGCAUUCAUGUACGGUGUGUGCUUUGAAGUAGCUAGCUCAUCGAUCAUACACGUACAGUGAGCUAGCUUUCUUUUUGUUUCUGGGAAGAGCUCUUUCUUUUUGAAUUAAUAAAUGGAUGAGAAGUUUCUAUAUGUAUCU